AAUGCUAAGAUGCUAAGCCGACGGGGAGGGGCGGCUGGUUUUGUGUUUUUGUAGCUAACUGCUAUCACCUGAUCCCGUAAAACCGCUGUCGAUAAACGCGUCGAAUUCUCCCAAUCGCCACCGCAAAAGCCACCGUUAUUGGAUGAAUCCGGCAUGGAGAAAGUAGCGGAGCCGUCUUGGACUUCUUCGUACACCUACCAGGUGAGCAAGCACAGCGCCGAGAUGCUACACAACCUCAACGUUCAGAGGAAAGAUGGAGGCAGAUUCUGCGACGUGAUCCUGCGCGUUGGCGAGGACAGCUUCCCGGCUCACAAAGCGGUACUGGCCGCUUGCAGCGAGUACUUCGAGUCCGUCUUCAGCCGCCAGUCUGAGGGAGAAGCCAAGGAGCUGGAGAUGCACACGAUUAGCCCCAAAGUUUUUAAAGACAUCCUGGAUUUCGCUUACACCUCCCGGAUCGUGGUGCGGCUGGAGUGUUUCCCGGAGUUGAUGACGGCUGCCAAGUUCUUGCUGAUGCGGUCAGUCAUCGAGAUUUGUCAGGAGGUCAUCAAACAGUCGAACGUGCAGAUCCUCGUCCCGACGUCGCGGGGCGGCGAGGCCAGCCUGUUCCAGGCCGCUGCCGCCGGUGCUGCUGAGCUCGGCUUCCCCGUGCUGCAGCAGGAUUUACUCAACGGCACCGGGGUGUUAGUGAACGGGCAGACUUUUCCGAACCACGCUCAAAUUCACGUGGACCACGGUGAGCGCACGAGCGCAGAGUUAUUGGAGGAAGGCGGUGAGUCGUCGGUGCCCGUCCUCGAGCCCGUCGAAGGACUUCCUGUUUCCCCGUCAGUUGAUCUAACGGGAAACACGUUUAACCACGACGCAGCUUCUCCGGCGUCCAAGCGGGGCAGAGGGAGACCAAAGAAAGCCACAGUGGAGGCUGUUCUACACUUUAACCACUGCACCACCACCACGACGCAGAAGGACACGGUGCUGUUUCCCUGCGGGACGUGCGGAAAAGCUUUCACGGAAGCUUCUCGUUUGAAAAACCACGAAGCGCAGCACGGAGCGUCGUCCUGUGGCGGCCUGGCGGCAGCGGGCACCCUCUCGCUGCUAAAUCAUCCUCAGGCCGUGCUUAUGGAAAACGGCGUACAGCUCCACGCAGGACUGACUGUGGACAGCAGCCGCAAACGGGAGAGGACCAGGCGGCAUGUCGGCUGCGACAUCUGCGGGAAAGUUUUCCGCGACGUUUACCACCUGAAUCGACACAAGUUGUCCCACUCCGGGGAGAAGCCGUACGCCUGCCAUGUGUGCGGCCUCCGCUUCAAGCGCAAGGACAGAAUGUCGUACCAUGUGCGCUCCCACGACGGCUCGGUCGGCAAACCUUACGUGUGCCAAAGCUGUGGGAAAGGGUUUUCCAGACCAGACCAUCUGAAUGGACAUAUCAAACAGGUUCAUACAACAGAGAGACCUCACAAGUGCCAGAUUUGCAGUGCCUCUUUUGCUACAAGAGAUCGCCUCCGAUCACACCUUGCUUGUCAUGAGGACAAAGUCCCCUGCAAAGUGUGUGGCAAGUUCUUGCGAGCAGCCUAUAUGACUGACCACCUCAAGAAACACAGUGAGGGAACGCAUAACUACUGUGGUGUUUGCAACAAAGGUUUCUCCACUGCAUCCUACCUUAAGGUGCAUAUAAAGACACACCAUGGCUCGUCACUCUCCCUCUCUGCCCAAAUGCACACCUUCCCUGAGUCAAGGGGAGAACUACAGAUACACAACGGCACUCCUUACCACAUGGGACACCAGUGCUCAGUGGAAGACGUGGGGGUCAGUCGCCAGCUGCUUCUCACCUCAUCUGAGGCAGAGUGUCGCUUUCAUGGGCUCUCUGGACACCCAGUUCUCCCCCAGCCUGGCCCUCCAGCCUUGGGCCUGCAGCCUGAGCUGCUUUUGGGGAAGUCAGGCGAGGCUCCAUAUUUCUGGGAGUGUCGCUCUGGCGGGGUCCCUGCCUUCCCCGUCCAUGGGCCUGCUGCAGACGGGCAGGAAAACGCUGGUAAAUGUCUUCACCUGGAAUCAGAAGAAUCAGACCCUUCAUUUGGAGAACUGCCUGAUGGUGACGAGCUGAAGUCUCCACACAAACCUGAUGGGCCGGAGCUUGAGGUGGCCUCUCUGGCCUGUAAUGGACAAGCUGCAGGCGCCUUGGGCUCUUCAGAGGGAGCCAAACCCAAGACGGACCCUGAGAAGAAAUUUAUCUGCAGCAUCUGUGGUCAGGCCUUCCGCACCAAGUCCUACCUCAACAAGCACCAGCACAGAGUACACAAAACCCAAAGGGGCCAAGUGAGUGUAGGAGCUGGUUUAAGUGAGCUACCUCCCUCACUGACCUCACCCUUCUCCCCUCAGCAAAGCAUGUCUCUGCUGGAGUCCUUCGGCUUUCAGAUCGUGCAGUCUGCUUUUGCCUCCUCACUGGUAGACACUGACGCAGGUCAAAGCGGCGUUGACUUUGGAGGGAAGUAACAUGUUUUACGGGACCAGAUUUUCACAUCAUCUCUUAUUCUUAUGACAAAACCUGGUUGCUCACACAAGAUGCUCUGUGUUUGGGAACAACUUGGCCUCAAGAUUUCUUUAUGUUUUCUUCAAUGUUGAAACCCUAUUUUUGUUGUCGACUGCCCUAUGAUUCCUACAUUUUUCAGAGUAAAGUGCUUGUACAGUGUCUUAGUUCAUUAAAAAUGACAUGAAGGGUUUUUUUCCCCUCCCUAUUUUGUAUGGUUUUUUUUUUUUUGUCUGUGUAAUUAAGCUUUAUUCGGUGCACUUUUUUUUUUUUUUUUUGCCUCACAGCUCGUAAGCAGAUGUCUUUACCUCAGAGCAACAAGAGGGCUGAAUUACAGAUUUGUUUUCUUCUUUACCUCUUAAGAAGGAAAUCCUUUUGUUUUGAGGGCAGAUACUUAACUUGCUCACACAUUGAGAAACCCACAGCAUGUUUCAUGAUACAUUUAAGCAAUUGAUAACGUCUUCAUGAACCAAGGAGUCAGUGUUCAUUUCAGGCAGUGAUUCUGAUGUCUGUGAAUGAGUGCUUUGUUUAAAAAA